GUGACGUCACAGCCCGACGCGCCACCCAACUGUUUUUGUGCUCCCAGCUCUAGCGAAAAGCCGCCGGUAUUUCUCCAUCUGGCUCUCCUCUACCUCCAGGCAGGCUCACCCGAGAUCCCCGCCCCGAACCCCCCCUGCCCACUCGGCCCAGCGCUGUUGCCCCCGGAGCGGACGUUUCUGCAGCUAUUCUGAGCACACCUUGACGUCGGCGGAGGGAGCGGGACAGGGUCAGCGGCGAAGGAGGCAGGCCCCGCGCGGGGAUCUCGGAAGCCCUGCGGUGCAUCAUGAAGUUCCAGUACAAGGAGGACCAUCCUUUUGAGUAUCGGAAAAAGGAAGGAGAAAAGAUCCGGAAGAAAUAUCCGGACAGGGUCCCCGUGAUUGUAGAGAAGGCUCCAAAAGCCAGGGUGCCUGAUCUGGACAAGAGGAAGUACCUAGUGCCCUCUGACCUUACCGUUGGCCAGUUCUACUUCUUAAUCCGGAAGAGAAUCCACCUGAGACCUGAGGACGCCUUAUUCUUCUUUGUCAACAACACCAUCCCUCCCACCAGUGCUACCAUGGGCCAACUGUAUGAGGUAAUGGUUCUGGUCGCACAAUACUGGAUGCCGUCCAGUGCAGUCUGGCAUCCUCUAGCCCUUGUUCUAGAUGCGUUGAUAACACAUCUGAGAAGUGGGGCAGAAGGUGUUAUUUAUCCGGAUCCUCUUACAUAUGGCAGUGUGAGGCUCUGAGAGAUUAGAUACCACUUGUUUUUUAGGGAUUAGGCACUCUACUAGAUUUAAUCCUUCUGAAAUCUUGUCUGACUAUAGUCUUGUCUGACUAUAGUGUUUUAAUGCUGGACUGUUUAUUGAAACAGCAGGAAGUGAUUCCUGAUAGCAAAAGUACCAAAGCGUCAGCCCAUCGCAGUUCCUGCUAUUCUGGUUGGUAGCAUGUAAUUUGUAAUGCAUUCAGAAUCCAGUUCAUUAUUUUACUCCCAUUUAGCAACAGAUUGAGAAAGCACGUAAUAGUAAAGCCAGCUCCUUCUAACUCUGAGGCCAGCCUCUGCCAACUGAAGGAUUCUCCCCACAGUCAGCUUCUUCUAUGAACUCUGAAGUUUUGGCUUAAGACAACCACAUUGAUACUAAACAAGGGGAAACUUAGAACAAAACUAAAACUGUGAAACAGAUUCCACAUUAUCUGGGCACAAUGAAUCAGAUAAAAUGAAAUUUAAAAUUAAGGCAAAGUCUGUAAAUGGAUUCAUGUCUUAACAGAUAAACUCAGGAGGAAUAAUUUUUAUGUGAUGUGGUUUAAUUGGAAGUGUCAGAAUCUGAGGAAACUAUAGUGAAAGACUUUAUUAUUACUGAAAACAUAAUCUAGGAUUAUAACUAUUAUUUUUUUGCAGUAUUUUGCAUAAGAUGCUUCCUUCUCAUUGUGCUCCGUUAAUGAAUUACAUAAACUUCUAAUAAUCCUGAAUCUUUUAUUGCAUAGCAUAUAUUCCCUGUUAGUAUAUGUCCCAUUAUAUAUCCAUCUGUGGUAUCUAUGUUCCCCUUGCUAGGAGUGAGCUCUUUAAGAGUGAGGACUGUGCCCUAGUCAUCUUCAUAUCCCUGAUACCUAUGUGUAAUAUGUUUUCAAUGAAGGAUUUUUGUUUGUGAACUCAGAGCUCAAAGUGUAAUUCCAAGCACUUCUCCCUAUCCUUUGCUCCUCUUUUAAAUGGGGACUAAUGAUAUCUUCCAUACCUGCUUUACAAGGUUGUGUGAGGCUCAGCAUCUUAGAGCUAAUGAAUGAAUAUGUUUUCUAAACUGUUGUCUUAUCUCUUCCCCUAGGACAAUCAUGAGGAAGACUAUUUUCUGUAUGUGGCCUACAGUGAUGAGAGUGUCUAUGGGAAAUGAGUGGUUGGAAGCCCAGCAGAUGGGAGCACCUGGACUUGGGGGUAGGGGAGGGGUGUGUGUGCGCAACAUGGGGAAAGAGGGUGGCUCCCACCGCAAGGAGACAGAAGGUGAAGACAUCUAGAAACAUUACACCACACACACCGUCAUCACAUUUUCACAUGCUCAAUUGAUAUUUUUUGCUGCUUCCUCGGCCCAGGGAGAAAGCAUGUCAGGACAGAGCUGUUGGAUUGGCUUUGAUAGAGGAAUGGGGCUGAUGUAAGUUUACAGCAUUCCUGGGGUUUAAUUGUUGUGCAGUUUCAUAGAUGGGUCAGGAGGUGGACAAGUUGGGGCCAGAGAUGAUGGCACUCCAGCAGCAACUCCCUGUGCUCCCUUCUCUUUGGGCAGAGAUUCUAUUUUUGACAUUUGCACAAGACAGGUAGGGAAAGGGGAGUUGUAGUGGACCAUACCUGGGGACCAAAAGAGACCCACUGUAAUUGAUGCAUUGUGGCCCCUGAUCUUCCCUGUCUCACACUUCUUUUCUCCCAUCCCGGUUGCAAUCUCACUCAGACAUCACAGUACCACCCCAGGGGUGGCAGUAGACAACAACCCAGAAAUUUAGACAGGGAUCUCUUACCUUUGGAAAAUAGGGGUUAGGCAUGAAGGUGGUUAUGAUUAAGAAGAUGGUUUUGUGAUUAAAUAGCAUUAAACUGGAAUUGACAAGAGUGUUGAGCAUCCCUGUCUAACCUGCUCUUUCUCUUUGGUGCCCCUUAUCUCACCCCUUCCUUGGAAUUUAAUAAGUCUCAGGCAUUUCCAAUUGUAGACUAAAACCACUCUUAGCAUCUCCUCUAGUAUUUUCCAUGUAUCAGGACAGAGGUGUCUUAUGUAGGGAGGGAGCAAGUAUGAAGUAAGGUAAUUAUAUACUACUCUCAUUCAGGAUUCUUGCUCCCAUGCUGCUGUCCCUUCAGGCUCACAUGCACAGGAAUGCUACAUGAUGGCCAGCUGCUUCCCUCCUUGGUUAUCAUCCACUGCAGCUGCUAGUUAGAAAGGUUUGGAGGGAUGACUUUUAGUAAAUCAUGGGGAUUUUAUUGAUUUAUUUUCACUUUUGGGAUUUUGUGGGGUGGGAGUGGGGAGCAGGAAUUGCACUCAGACAUGACAUUUCAAUUCAUCUCUGCUAAUGAAAAGGGUCCUUUCUCUUGGGGGAAAUCUGUGUGUCAGUUCUGUCAGCUGCAAGUUCUUGUAUGAUGAAGUCAAUGCCAUCAGGCCAAGGAAAUAAAAUAAUUGCUUACCUUAAAAA